AUGGUUUACUCCCGUGCGCUGACCGACGCACUCGAGAAGCUCAAUAGCGAUAAGGUCAAAGCGCGUACCGAAGGCCUUGCGGCACUUCGGGCCGCACUCGAGAGUGACGCUGCGAUCGCCCGCCUGGACCCAGACGGCAAAAACAAAGAAUGGUUGCAUAUUUUGCAGGCCCUGUUCUCCUGCGUCUCUACGGAGAAGUCUCUGGCGCUGAAGAAGACGACGAAGAGUGCCGCUAGCUCCAGUGCUACUGCUGAGCGACGAGCGGCAGAGGCGGCCCGUACGACAAGGUGGCUCAUCGAGCGCGCAACACAUCGAUUCAACAAGAAGACCGCCAAUCUGGUGCUCAUGCACCUGGCGAAUACGUCCGCGCAGGGUAACAUGCUUUAUGCGCCCGUUGCGCUCGACUACGCCAAAGCUAUCCGUGCAAUGUUGGCACACGCACCACACGCGGACCACCUGAAGGACGAGAUGUGGGAAAGGCUGGCUCAACUAUCGUGGAAUACUGUCCUAGGCGACUCUUUGAGACAGUCAAUAGACGAAAUAGACGAGGAUGCGGACGUGAGCGUCAUGGACGUCGACUUGGAGACUUCGGCCGCCGAGGACGAGCUACCCGGUAGCGGCAUAAAGCGACGUCGGACGGCUGACGAGCGCGCGUCGUCGUCAAAGCGCGCGCGCACUGCAGCCUCGCUGGAACAAAUUGAGUUCUGCUCUUUGCUCGCUACACUGCACAAUCUCCCAUCUGCACCUUUGUGUACCCCCACACCUGAAGGCGAGGAUGUUCGCGCAGAUGCCCUCCUCGCCAAACACGCCCACUUUCUGUCAUCCCACGCACCGGAUGGCUCCUUACACGCGGAUCACUUGUCCGCCCUGCUGGGAACGCUCUCCCGCGUUGCGUUGAACCGCUCUCGGCAAACCUGCGCUUUCGCGAAGAAGGCCUGGCCGCAUCUCCUCGCUCUUUGGUCGGGGCGCAAUCGCGCGUUGAAGAGAUCCCUCCUCCCCGUUUUGCGCGAGCUACGCCCGUUCUAUGCAGCGAGCCGGGAGAGCGAGAGUGGUUUGGCCGAUCUGUGGGGUAUACUCGAGACGGAUAGAAAUGCGGAUACUCUGAGUAUCGACGUUCUCGGCCUGAGGUUGGGCGGGGAGGAGGGGCCGUUCGCCACAAGGACGUUCAGGCAUGGAAGGGGCUUCAGUGUCACUCACGCGAGCGCUUGGGUUGCAUUGGAGAUGCAAGCAGACUGUGCUUCCAAACUUCUCGCAGGCGAGGUCAUACUGCAGACGCCUACUCCUCGCACACCGCGCGGAAAUUUGGCGACGCGGCGUAACGAUCCCCUCAGCGCCUUACUAUCUGGUCGACCGUCCACGCUCCUCAUCUUCAUCGCGCACUAUUGGUCCGCCCUUCAAUCGGCUACGCGCACAAAGGUGCAGAAGACGUUGCUCCAGAGCGUGUCAAGUUCUGCGGCUGACAACCUCGGCGCCGGGGCAGGAGGAGAAAAAGCAGCAUGGGCUUUUCUCAGCUUGGCCGCCAUUGUGGAUCAGGAGACCCCGUGCGCUGUCACUCGAGACAGAGACGACGAGCAUGAGAUGAACGAGUUCUGGCCGACUGUAUGGGCGCAUGCGCUCCGUCGCUUAUCACACCCUCUGUUGUCCCGGCCAGCCGCGCACACAGCGCACGCUCUCUUGACGCAUGGCUUCAUACCGCCUCAUACGCUGCGUCCCAGUCUUCUGUCCUUCGCACGGGAUUUGCCAGUGCAGGCUCCACCUACGGCGAGCGACUCUGUCUGCAGUUUCCUCUCUGCAAGCGUGAAAGCUGCGAGGGGUGACGUGAGCCUCUUUCGAGCGGGUGUCGGCGAAGCAGUGCUCGGUUGGGUUACAGACAUGGAUAUGCUGAGGACAAGUGAAUGGGCCGUACCCGACGUGCUGAAAGUGUUCGUGCAUGCAUGCGGUUUCAAAGAGAUAGGGACGGACGGAAGGGAAGAGGAAUGGUGGGAGGAGGAUGGAGAACGCGGUGAGGAGGAGGCACUACCAGAGUGCGAGAUCGUGGAGCUAGUGCGGCGCGCGGCGAGGGAGCGCCAGAUUCGCGAGUAUCUGCUUGAAGCUCAGAUUCCACCCUUUGUUCCUAUGGGCAACGAGAGCGCCGGACCGAGCAGUAUAGUCGAUGGACAGGAGAAGGUGCCAGGACCGGUGAAAGCGGCCGAUAGGAAGGGAAAGGGAAAGGCGACAGAGGCAGGAGAGGGCGGGAGAGGAUCGCCCGGAGCGAAAGAGAGAAAGGUGUCCGCGAGCAUGUUGAAGCUGCUGGAGAGUCUACAGGCUGCGCACGACGUCAAUGCGCAGCUGCCGGCACACAAGGCGCGUCUUGCGCUGCAAUCAGCCGUCCUUGCGCUGUGUUUUGAAGCAGCCCUCGCUGUAAACGGCAUCAAUUCGAACGAACGAGUGCUUCGAGCAGCCGCCAAACUCGUACAAAGCCACGCGAAGCCCUUGAGCGAUAGGAAGUGGUCUGAUGAGGAGCUUAUUGAGGUCCUUUCUGCACUCGAACCGCUUGUAAAUGGAUGGGGCAAAUUGAAUGGUGACUACGGGGAUUAUGCGGGCGUAUUUGGAGGAUGGGAGGUUAUGCGCGGACCAAGCCCGGCGACGGGGGUUGCAAGGGAGACACUGAGGCGACUAGGUGUGCUGGGUGAGAGAAAGAAGGGAAGAGGAGAGGGUUCCAAAGCGUUGCAGCGUAUGAUCUGGCAGAGUGCGGAACUACAGGAUACGUUGUCCGAACUCAUGAAGGCAAUGCAGAAACUGCUGGAUCAUACACUAGUCCAACUUGUGGGUCAUACGGGGAUUAGUGUCAACGGUGGCUUCGUGGACGACGACGGAUUUGGGGCUAUACGCGCGGCACCACUGGCAGCUGCACCCUCUGAGACGCAAUUGCAUUCCAGAAACGCCCUCAGCAAUGCUCUCUUUAGAAUACUCACGGCAUUCCUCGCACGCGGGCCUGUUCUGCAGAGCACAUCAGGAGCAGCAUCCCGCGAACGCGCAUUAACGGACGCCCUCCUUCGAACUGGAGACGCCGAAUUCCUGCACGCCUUUCCGUCCUACAUCGCGCAUGUCCGUGCCCGUACACUCGCUCUAGCACCUGAUGCUUUAGAUCAGCUCAUCGAGAAGUUUGGGGGAAUUCUCAUGCAACACGCAUACAGCGAGCACGCGCCGGCACUAUGUUCGGCUAUCGCGUUAUUUGACGGUACAAUGCACUUAUGGCUCGCACCGGAUUUCGAUGAGAAAGUACUUCUCAAGGUUCAAGAGCUCCUUUACCACCUCGGCAGGCGGCUGUACGAGGACGGCUGGCAUGAUUGGCGUGUGCGCGACGCUCUUGGCGCCUUUUUUGCGCGUUAUAUCAUCGAAGAUCCCAUGGAAGAUGCGUGGUAUCAACCUGAAGAUGGCGAAGAUGAGGAGAUGGCGGAGGAGCAAGCACCGAUGCCGCCGUUCAGGCUUAUCAUGCGACUCAAUGCCGAUUGCGAUAUUCGUGUGCGGGUGCGAGUCUCGGGACCGAGCGCAGAGUUACUCAGGCUCGAGACUCGGUAUGGGCUUGAUGAAAUGACAGUGUACGAGGACGUGAAGGACAACCUUACAUUUCAUCUUACCAACUACCAACAUAUGCUCACGCGUAUACUUGCACUUGGCAAUGCCACCGUCGUCAGUGGGGCUGUCGCACGCGGGCCUUACUGGCAUAUGCUCGAGACAUGCAUAUUCACGGCCGAAUUCAACGCACAUGUGUCGGCUGUGUUCAAGGCCAUCGCGAUGCGAAUGGGUCUCCCCCAUCAUCGAUUAUUCGAGACUUAUGCAGGCCAGAUUGCCUGGACGAUCGCCGUCACUUAUCCGGAUAAGCAGGCUGAGCAAGACUUCCUCCUCGUUGACCCUACUGUUCUCGGAUACAAGGAUCAGCGCGCGUUCGCCACAGCUUCAUUCCGCCCGUUUGCACCUGCCUAUAUCUUCCUUGCUGAUUCAGCCGAGCAGCGAGCGUCGGGCCGCGCCCGCUUUGCCCGACACUGUUCCGCAUCUGGCUUGUCAGUUGCAGAGGGUGUACGCGCUGCCUUUGCAGACAUCGUGGCGAGCGAUACCAUCUUCUGUAUUAUGAACGACCGCCAGGACUUUGAGGACCGCCUGCGCACUAUCUUUGACGAUUGGGGUGGCUUCACAUACGACCCUAAAGAUCUAAUCGCAAACGCGGACGCGGUACUGGUCGCAAUCCUUCGUCAGCUCAGGGGUGAAGAGCACCAGGCUAUCGUUGCGACUGCGGAAGCCCGGCUCCCUGGACGAAGCAUGGCACGUUGCCUCUUGCACAUCCUCCAUUUCCGUGCAGUCAGCAAAGAACACCUGUACCACGAAAACCUACCUGCUGAGGCGGCGGAAGUCAUAUUUGACGCUCAGGAUAAUAUCGCCUUGAGGCUACCUGCACACACUAUCACGCCUGCAGUGUCAUACCACAUCAUGCAGCAACUCAUCGCCGACAUCUACACGCAGCCCUUAGUCAAUGAGCAACUUCGUGUGACUUGCGCAUUGGCAUUUUGGGUCGCGGGCCACUGGCGCCACUUCCGUGAACCUAUGCUCCUCCACGCGUUAUCGCAUGCGGCCUCCCUCCUACUAGCACAUGCCGACCUCGUGCGAGCCGCACAGGGUCUUCUGGGCUUCGCGUUCUACCUAUAUUCCCCACAGUGUGAUAUUCGUUCACCACCGCUGGCUGAUGCGCGCCUAUGUGAUGUCCUCAUCCGCAUCUGUAGCACCGCGGCGGAUUAUUCAGAUGCUGGGGAUGACGAACUCAGUGCGGACCUUACCGGAUGGCUUCACGACGAAUUGGGGAAGCUGCUCGAGUAUCCCGGCACACGCCAACACGCACUCCGCGCGAUUGUCGCUUGGCCUCGCGAGGUUCCACCUCAAUUCGAAGUCGAGCUGCAACACGCGCAGAACGCUGACGAGGACGCUUCAACGCUCAACCUUACGGCCAUGCUCGCUGACCCGCGCAUCACCGUCAACAAGUUUCGGAUCGUACGGAGGCUCGCAGCGGUCCCAAUGCAGCCCGACAACGGACACUUCGCGAGACUCGACUUUUGGCGUCUUAAAGAGUGCAUUCCGCCUCGCAAUCGGCUCGGAGUCGCAGAUAUGGACGCCUUCGCUACAUUGGUCUUCGCGCACGCUGGCGUGAUUCAUGGUUUCGGUACUCAUCCGCUGAGUCCGCAAGUUGAGCGCCACCUACCCAGCCGCGUGAAGAAGUCGGGUCCAGGCGGUAUGCCUGACGCGAACGAGCUAGAAGAGCCCGAACGCAUCAUCCUUGAGUACCUACUUUGCGCACUAGAUGGUGCAGACCCGCGACAAACGCAAGCCGCUUACGCUGUUCUGCGUACUGCACCGGCUACUCAGAUACCAGAUCUCAAGGGCUGGCAUCGUGAGUUUGCGUCUGAAUGGGGUUAUUUCGCUGCGGCCCCGCGGACCGCCCGAGAAGCUGCACCAUAUUCUCUGGAACGUCUUCCAGAGUUCCGUCCCCUUGCCCGUACCUUCCCGUCAUGGGUCUGUGCUGUCACCUCUGCGCUGUGCGACGCAAUCGCAGGGGGGCCGGGUGGCCGACAUGGAUUUUUUGCUCAGUUGCCGCCCAUGCUGCGGGAGGACGCAGUGUUAGCAACGCAGACACUACCGGUGCUUGUGCAUACACUACUUCAACACGACCACGGCAAAGGCGAUGCACGUCGGCAUCUCAGCGCCUUCUUCGCGAACAUUCUCGCCGCACCGGACUCCGAUACUCCGACGCUCAAGGCAAUCGUGGAUAUCGCCUUGCACAUGCGGAAUUUUUAUCCUCACAACCACGGCAAGGAUAUGCUGGCUAAUGAGCGUUGGCUCGAUAUUGAUCACAUGUUGCUCUCUCGGGCUGCGCUCCGUUGUGGAGCGUACACCACAGCGUUGCUCUUCUACGAACUUGAGUUCGCUCGCGACAGUGACGACGAGCGACCAAAGUCGGACGACGCCGAUGUAGAGGACAUUCUCUUUGAGAUAUAUAGUCACGUCGACGAGCCUGACGGAUUCUACGGCAUCCAAACGCACGACCUCCAGCGAUUCUUGUUGCGUCGGUUUCAGCAUGAACGGCAGUGGGAUCGAGCUUUCAUGUUUCACGGUGCAGCGUUCGAGGCUGGUGGUGGAGCCAUGACAGGCGUCCGCGACAGUCUUCAUGCGUUUGGCUUUGACCGCCUUGCGUCGAGUAUCGAUAAUGGCGAAGGGGAGGGCGUAAACUAUGCGCUUGGGUGGCGUACAGAAGCAUGGGACCUGCCUGAUGUUGCGGCGGACGACGAUCCUGACGUGGGACUUUACCGCGCACUCCGAGUUGUGCACCGCACGACUCAGCCUCCUUCUGCUGAAGAUGCCUUACGAGAUGCAGUGGAUCGUCUGCGGAGGCUCGGAGACGAGGAUCUUGUCGGCAUACGCCAAGCUGUGAGGGGUCUCUUAUGCGCAUAUCAGCUGCGCGCUUGGUGCACGCCUGCACUUCAGGAAGAUGUAGCACGUCUCGAGGUUGAGCCCCCACGAUGGGAAAGUUUCCUCGAUAUCGGUCCCGGAUUCGACUUUGAAACGACGGAACAUCUCUUUGCGACGCGAAUGUCGCUGCUGUCAGCAGUCAGGCAACGGGCUCAGCGCGCACAGAUCGGCGACCGCCCCACUCCAUUCACUGCAACUCUCGCUGCAUUUGAGAAACAGUGUCUUGUGCGUGUGUCAUCCGCGGCGCGCGACGCUGGCGCGUUGCAGGUUGCCCUUAACUCUGUCGUACGCGCGCAACGCCUCGAUGCAUCCGAGAAGAGUCCUACGAUUGCACAAGAGUUUGCCAAUGUGCUUUGGGCUAAAGGAGAGCAUAAGCUCGCCAUUGAGUUCCUGAGGAAGAUCGUCAAGGAACUGCCGACAGAGACGGACGGCGACACUGUCCUCUUAGAACAGUAUGUGCUUCGUUCGCGUCUAGGUUCGUGGUCAUCCGAAGCUUGCAUGGAGAAACCUGCUGUCAUCUGGGAGAGUUACUUCCAACCUGCCAUUGAUCAUCUCCAGACUCAGGCCACAACGACCGACAACGCAGCAUCAGCAGCGUCUGCUGCACGCAUCUUCCACGAAUGCGCUGUAUUCGCGGACAGGCAUUAUCAUGCACUGUUGCGCUCCCCCGAUAUCGUACGGCGAAGGAUCUACGUCGAUCGCAAAGAACAGGAGGUCCGCGAUCUCGAGUCUCAACAGCGCCGCUCUGGAUUAUCACAGGCGGAUGCGCGCGAUCUCUCUAGGGCCAAGAAGUUGCUUCAAGCCGAUACAGCGGCCUUCGCUCAACACAUGGAGGCUCAGCGCGCUUUCCUCUACCAAGCAGCCACAUUAUACGCUCGAAGCCUAUCUCACAGCGCCCUCUUUGACGACGAUGCACACGUCCGCCUCGUCAGUCUCUGGUACGCUAACUUCGACAGCGGAGAACUGGCGGAGAAGCUCGGUCGUGCACUUGACGACGUGCCUAGCCAUAAAUUCGUUUUCCUCUCUCAUCAACUUACUGCACGUCUCGCCAAGGUCGACUCGCCUGAGCCUGGCUCGAUCUCCACUUCUCGCCGGAAGAGUCGCACCAUGGACUCGCCAUCACCCGCUCCUCCUUCGCCCAGUCAAGGCGUGCUUCAGCGCCUUGUUCUGCGUAUGUGCGAAGAUCAUCCGUUUCAUACUGUGUAUCAACUCUUUCCUCUGCGUCCACCUAAUAGCGAGGCUCUGAGCGAGGGACGACGUGCUUCGGGGCGUUUGGCAAGUCAAAGCCAGACUCCUUCGCAAGGCGUACGCGCUGCAGCUGCAGGCGAUAUCUUCGCACGCUUGCAUGAGGGUCGAGCUGCGCAGCGCGUAUCGGAUGUGAAGACUUUAUGCGAGGCAUCUCUCACCUGGGCCAAGUUUUCUAUCAAGGAAUGGGUCAAAUCGCAGUCGUCGUCCAAGUUGAAAGUACCGGUCGACAUCACCCUCCCGGAUAUUCCACAAAAGAUCAAAGUACCGAUUUCUACCGCACGGACACCUCUCGAUCCUUCAGGACGCUAUGAUAACUGCGUGUGGCUUGAGUCUUACGAAAGGACGUUCACUGUCGCCGGCGGGAAUAAUAUCCCCAAGAUUCACGCCUGUCACGGAAGCGACGGAAAGCGUUACGUGCAAUUGUUUAAAGGCGAGGGCGACGACGACAUGCGCCAGGACGCGGUCAUGGAACAAGUGUUCGAUCUUGUGAACAUCGCGCUUCGCCAGGAUCGCGAAACGAAGCGCCGUGGCUUAAACAUACGGACAUACUGCGUUCUUCCUCUCGCAGAGCAAGCUGGGAUAUUGGAGUUCGUGCAAAACACCACACCGCUGAGCAGCGUUCUCCGCCGUUUGCAUAAACAAUUCCGUCCUGGAGAUAUGGCUGAAGGGGACUUUUCUGCUGAAAUGAAGAAGAAGCGGGAUAAGUAUGGCAGGGGCCCGUUGGUAGAUCUUCAGCGCAAGAUGCUCGAGCUUUGGAAGAACAUCAAGCCUCGGCUCCGUCCUGUUCUGCGGCACUGGUUCAUCCAAGCCCACAAGGUCCCCAUGUCGUGGUUUGCAAUGCGGCUCAACUACGCGCGGAGUCUUGCUACGAUGAGCAUCAUUGGUCACAUGCUCGGGCUCGGGGACCGUCACACCAGUAACAUUCUUCUUGAUACAUCUACGGGUGAAGCCGUGAACAUCGAUCUGGGUAUUGCCUUCGACCAGGGCAAGAUGUUGCCGGUGCCAGAACUCGUCCCGUUCCGGCUGACUGAAGAUAUGGUCGAUGGUCUUGGGACAUCGGGCACGCAAGGCGUGUUUCAGCGCUGCGCCGAAGAGACUUUGCGCGUGCUUCGUGCAGAUCGCGAGGUCGUCUUGACCAUCCUGGAGGUUUUCAAGUACGACCCCCUACACUCAUGGGUGGCAAAUGACAAUCGCCUUACACGAGUUCAAGAUCAGCAGCCCGCGGCUUCUGCGUUGACGAAUCAUGCUGUCAACAUCCUAGGCGGCGUGACAAUCGACAUGAACAGCGCCAACGCAGAAGAGGCUGCGGAUCGCGCCUUGAGUGCCGUAACGCGUAAACUCGACACCGCACUCAGCGUCGAGCAUACCGUGAACGAACUCAUACACGAGGCAUCUGAUCCUGCGAACUUGUGCAUGAUGUAUACAGGCUGGUCGCCGUAUCAUUAG